CCAUGCCAAUGGUCCAUGCAAUCAAUAAAAUAAUAGCAUUUUCAUAUUAUUCACUUUAUUUGGUCUAUACACUUUGUUUAAUUAUUUAUUUUCUAUGAACUCAUUAAUAGAGUAUUUCCCAAUGUAAUUAUAAAUUAUAUUAUUUAAGACAAAUGAUAGGUAAUACUGAAAGGUCAGUAGAACUUAUUGAGUUGGAAGAUAAACUAAAUAAGAAUGAAGAAGCGGAAAUCAUCAUUAACAUUGGUGAAAUUCCAAUUGUUAAUAAAGUUGCUAAGCAGUUUGUUAAAUUUACAAAUAUCACAGAACAGAACUCCAAAGAAAAUACUAAGAAGAAUUCUAAAGAAUUAACUUACGCCAUAGAAACUGAAAAGCAAGAUAAUAUUGAUCAACAGAGCACAGUAAUUGAAUUGGUAGAUAAGCAACGAAAAACUCCCAAUGUUUGGGUACAAUUUCAACAAGAGGUCAAAGAUGGCCCAGGCAAACAAAUUGACGUUGGUAGACAAAAUGGGCCAGGCGGGAGAAAUUAUCAAUAUUCUCAAUAUUAUCACGACCAAGGCGGUGUUGGAGUCCCCUUAGAUUAUAACCCAGAGACGAGGAAUGGCUUUGUGAUGCUUGUCUUUACCAUCGUAUUGGUGAUGCUAGCUUUAACGUUUUUGUACGUUGUCUUCGUUUUGAACACGCCUAGUGUUUUGGAGUUCUAUCAAAUUCAUCGUCGACCAUUGGCAUUUCUUUCUGCUGGGGUCAUGAUUACCUUGUCCUACGCUAUGGUAUGCUGCUUGCCGUGUAUGAGAGUAGCACCCUGUAAUUACAUCGUGCUCUUUAUAGCGGUUGCAGCGAUGAGUAACCUCGCAGCUGUAGGGACGGCUAUUGUCCAAACUCAUAUAAUAAUGUUUGCGCUUCUUGCUACGAGUGUUACUGUGGCGAUUUGCCUGUUACUUGCUAUGUCUAAAUUUGACUUCACAGCGUGGUACUUGUACAUAUUAGUGAUUGGUGUUGUGUUGAUGGUUCUGUCGCUGGGUGUCAGUAUCGCAUCUAUUGGUUUCGGCAUCUACUUUAAACCACUGGUCUUGGCUAUUCUCUACAUCUCGACUAUAUUCCAAAUAAUCGUAUUAGUCAUGGAACUCCAGAUGAUACUAGGUGGCAAAUCGAUAGAGAUCAGCGAAGAAGACUAUGCUCUGGCGGCGUACAUGCUGUACACAUCUAUUGUCAAUUUGUUCCUGCAGAUUUUGCAGAUUUUAGCCAAUUUGGACAGCGAUUAAAAAUAGGUGCAAUAAACUGGAGAGCAAUAAUUUGGAAGACCAUGAAAGAUGGGAAACAAAUAUCGAUAAAAAAAAUUACAAUAACAUUUUGUAUUUUUUUUUAAUCAAAGCCUAAUCGCAAGAAUUAAAAAAAUUACGAAGAACCUAUAAAUAUUUGCGACCUACGGCCUUAUUCGGCCAAAAUUUAUAUCCUCUUUAUUCCCUAUCCCGUAGGAAUUUCAAAAUAUUCGGCUUUAUUCCUUGUCUUCAUUGUAAAGGGAACCGCUGUGCAAGGUUUCAGCUUUUUUAGUCCAAUGGUUUGGGCUGAGCGUUGAUGGAUCAUUAAGUGAGUCAGUACUGUUUUAAUAUGUAUAAAUUGAUCGAUGAAUCCAUGCAACCU